AUAUUGGAACGAGCUCUGUGCUGUGCAGUUGGAAGACGUCGCUCGCUGGCUUCCACCGAACGAAAAAGGCUCGCAAAUUUGAUUCGAAAAAAACAUAAUUAAGUGGAGGAAUGAGGGAGAUGCAGUGAAGACUGGGGAGUCUGAAGACAGACGGACAAAGGGUAAAAGGGUAAAGGUCACCAGGAAGAGAGAGCAGGAUGCAGUCCCGCCCACAGGACAGGCCGUUGGCCCUCUCCGUGGGGAAAUCCCACAGCCCGACCAAUGGGAGAGAAGAACAGGUGUACUCAGACGCAGACUCCAUGGAGGAAGAGGCCGACUUUAAUUGGGAGGAGUACCUAGAGGAGACGGGGACGACCGCUGCACCCCACACCGCUUUCAAACAUGUGGACAUCAGCCUACAGAGCAGCUUCCAGCCGGGGAUGAAGCUGGAGGUGGCCAAUAAGAGCAGGCCAGACACUUACUGGGUGGCCACCAUCGUCACCACCUGCAGCCAGCUGCUGCUGCUACGCUUCAGUGGCUACGGAGAUGACCGCAAGGCCGACUUCUGGUGUGAUGUCAUGACAGCCGAACUCCACCCAGUAGGCUGGUGCACCCAGAACAACAAGACCCUCCAACCCCCUGAAGAUAACGUUUACCUAAGAAAAGCCAUCAAGGAGAAGUACAGUGACUGGACAGAUUUUCUCAUCCAGGACUUGACUGGCUCACGGACCGCACCAGCAAACCUACUGGAAGGGGCUCUGAGGGGGAAGAACACAGUGGAUCUGAUUGUGGAGGGUUCGGUGAUGGAGGUACGGGACCUCACUGACCCCUACCUCUACUGGGCUGCCCGCGUCGCCCAGAACAUUGGUGGGAGGCUCCGCCUACGCCAUGUAGGUCUCCAAGACGACGCCCACGACACCUGGCUGUUCUACCUCGACGUGAGGCUCCGCCCACUGGGCUGGGCUCAGGAGAACCGCCUGUCACUGGAGCCCCCAGCAGAGUUGCGCGGCCUGAAGAGCGCCCUCGAGUGGCAGGAGGCCCUGGAGGCGGUGCGGAGCGAGGCCCAGCAGAACCCACUGCCCCUGGAGGUGUUUAAGGACCAUGCAGACCUGACCAAGCACUCCUUCAGGACGGGGAUGAAGCUGGAGAUGGUGUCGCCGUCGGAACCGUUCCACAUCUGCCCUGUAUCUGUCACACAGGUCUACAAUGAGCACUACUUCCAGGUCACAGUGGAUGACCUCACUCCAGAGGCCACACCCCUGUCCCUGGUGUGCCAUUCUGAGUCGCCGGGCAUCCUCCCCGUCCAGUGGUGUCUGAAGAACGGGAUUGGUCUAGAGCGGCCCAGGGGCUACCAGAGUCAGGACUUUGAUUGGGCGGACUACCUGAAACAGAGUUGGACUGAGGCCGCCCCCGACACAUGCUUCCCUGACGCGUGGCAGAGCCGAGGCUUCGCUAAAGACAUGUGGCUGGAGGCCGUUAACCCUGUCAGGCCCACCGAGGUGUGUGUGGCUCAGAUCACACAGGUCAGGGGUCGCCUGCUGUGGCUCAGACUGGAAGGCCUGCCUAAGUCUGUCCCUGAAUGUAUUGUGGAUGUGGAGUCCAUGGACAUCUUUCCUGUAGGAUGGUGUGAGACCAAUGCUUACCUCUUGACUCCACCACUGAAGCCUGUCUGCCAGCAGCAGAAGAAGAUAGCCGUCGUCCAGCCAGAGAAGCAGUUGGCUCCGCCGCAACCCGUGGAGACAAUCCCUCUCGACCUCUGCGAGCCCGUUGCCAUGGACACAGGCUCAGCCAAUGGGAGAUACUGUUGUUCCAGGAUCUACGUGAACCACCACUGUUUCUCUGGCCCUUACCUGAACAAGGGGCGCAUCGCUGAGCUGCCACAGGCUGUAGGGCCGGGGAAAUGCACUCUGGUCCUCAAAGAGGUGCUCAGCAUGCUAAUCAAUGCGGCCUACAAGCCUGGGCGUGUCCUGAGGGAACUACAGGAUGUGGAAGAGCAGCACUGGGACUGCCACGAGGAGACCCUCAAAGCCAAAUACAAAGGGAAGACGUAUCGAUCGUCCAUCCGGAUCGUGCGUCUGGCAGAGCAGAUCCCAGACUUCUGUCGUAAAGUGUGUGUGAAGCUGCAGUGCUGUCCCAACCUCUUCAGCCCCGUCCAAGUCACGGGCCAGUGUCCUGAAAGCUGCUCCAUGCAGACCAAGACCAAAUAUAGUUGGUGUGUGCGUGCGCGAACAAAUACAGUAAUUUUCUACAAGUCGUAUUACUACGGUAAGAAGAAGAAGCUGUCUAAGCCGUUUGGAGGAGAGGAGAGUCUGGAGGCCAAACCCACACGACGCAGGAAGAAGAGGAAGGCCAUCUUUGUCCAGAAGAAACGGCGCUCGUCUGCAGUGGACUACACUCCUGCAGGGUCACCACAGGACAGUGAUGAAGACGAGGAUGAAGAUGAUCUUAUGUUGCAGUCGGGCAGUGAAGAAGGCACCAGCUCUGAGCCACACGAGGACCACAUAGACACAUCCUCUGUGGAGGUGGCUAACAGCCGGCCGCGGCGCACCGUGGCGCUACGCAGGGCCACCCAUACCGGCAUAGCUUCGGGCAGCCGUGAGGGUCCUGAAAGCAGGAGGCGGAGCACUCGGUCCCUGUCAUAUAACCAGGGGAACAAGUACCACCCACCCAAGAGACAGGAGAUGCAGGUGGAGUGUAGUGAGGCGGAGUGCCGGCUGGUGUUGGAGAGGAACCCUCUGGAGUGGUCCGUAGAAGAUGUGGUCACCUUCAUCACCUCCACCGACUGUGCUGCUCUCGCCAACAUCUUCCAGGAGCAGGACAUAGAUGGCCAGGCGUUGUUGUUGCUGACCCUGCCCACAGUCCAGGAGUGUAUGGAGCUGAAGCUGGGUCCGGCCAUCAAGCUGUGUCACCAGAUAGAGAGGGUCAAGGUGGCCUUCUAUGCCCAGUACGCCAACUGAUCCUGGGCAUCUCACCUGGCACCUUUUAC